GUGGAAUUACGCGUAUAAGUAUGAGAAAAUGAAUUGGUUUCAAACUUGAAUUGAAGAUAUAUGUGUCAUCGAUUCAGAAUGGAGCUGAUUCAGGUGGUCGCUCUCGUGAGCACACUUUCAACAAUAGUUGAAGGUCUCCAAUGCUGGCACUGUAUCGCUGACGACUGCUCUGACGACCCGAGUGGAAACUACAAGGAUACAGAGAAAUUGUGUAACGCUGAGCAAGCAUGUCAGAAAGUCUACUUUGAGAUGCUAGAAGAAACUGAAAGGGGCAACUUUAUUCACACGUCGACAGUACGAGGCUGUUCAAGUGGGUAUAAGUCACGAGACGACUUUAGAAACUGCACGCAUCAACAACGAACGUCAGGUGGAUGUGUCCGGAAGGACUGCUGUAGUGAAACUCACCUGUGUAACAAUGCAAACACUUUGCAGAUGGGUUUGUCAUUGCCUGUGAUAAUGAUGAUUUUUGCAAUAGAGCAGGCAUUGUGA